UCAUUUUAUGUUGCUUCGAAAUUAUGGCUUUUUUACUUCAUUGUCUGACAUUGAUCUUCUUUCUCUUUGAACAGGGUCACGGUGGUGAAUACGCUAUUCUACGAGCCUCGACAACGUCACAGUCAAAGGAUUUUGCGUUGCGUAUUCUCCUUUAUGGCGUGAGUUACCAACGAAAUUAUCAGAUACUCCAAAAUAUGAGUAUGUUGUCGUGUCUGUUGAAGAAUUGUGUUCACGAAAGUCGAUGAAAUACUACAACAAUAAAGCUGUAUUUGUUGAAACAAAGGGUUACAACUGUACAUACACAGAAGGGCCCAAGGCUGUCCAAUCUCGAAAUGGAACGGAACUAAUACUUGUGAAUGAAGUUUUGUUUACUGCCCAACCUUCAACAGACCACAUUAACUCCACAAUUUCUGUUGCUGUGAUGAAGACCUCGGAUUUUGGUACCAUGAAGAAACUUGGUAAGAAAGUCAGAGUUCAACUCUAUGAACCACCACUUGCUGCUGUAGAUACAAACCUUGCUGUCAUUUGGUUCCUGGCAGUUGGUACAGUUGUCAUUGGUGCUUACUGGAGUGGUAAUACUGCAAGCGAAUUGAGGCUAAAGCAAGAGAUUUCAUUAUCAUCCAGCGACUCAGAAGAUGAAGAGGCGCCAUGA